GCCGGGCCGGUCGCCGCCGCCGCCGCCAUCGCCGCCAUGGCCUGGGGCGCCUCGCUCGCCGAGUGCCUGCGCGAGUGGGAGGAGCUGCAGGACGGCUACCAGCGCAUCCAGGACAACCACAAGCUGUACAAGCAAAAACUCGAGGAGCUGACCAAGCUCCAGGAUGGGAUCUCCAGCUCCAUUGCCCGGCAGAAGAAGCGGCUGAAGGAGCUGUCGCUCUCUCUCAAAAAAUGCAAAGGCCAGGCGACUCCGGAGCAGGAAGCAUCCAUCCAAGAGACCCAGAGCCUGAUUAAAGAGAGGCAGAACGUGUUCUUUGAGAUGGAGGCCUAUCUGCCAAAGAAGAACGGGUUGUACCUGAGUCUGGUGCUCGGCAAUGUGAACGUGACGCUGCUCAGCAAACAAGCCAAGUUUGCAUAUAAAGAUGAGUACGAGAAGUUCAAGCUCUACCUCACCAUCAUCCUACUUAUUGUCUCCUUCUCCUGUCGGUUCCUCCUCAACUCCAGGGUGACAGACGCUGUCUUUAACUUCCUCCUGGUGUGGUACUACUGCACCCUCACCAUCCGUGAGAGCAUCUUGAUCAACAACGGCUCCAAGAUCAAAGGCUGGUGGGUUUUCCAUCACUACAUCUCCACCUUCCUCUCAGGUGUCAUGCUGACGUGGCCAGAUGGGCUCAUGUACCAGAUGUUCAGGAACCAGUUUCUCUCCUUCUCCAUGUACCAGAGCUUUGUGCAGUUCCUGCAGUAUUACUACCAGAGCGGGUGCUUGUACCGGCUGCGAGCGCUGGGAGAGAGGCACAACAUGGACCUGACUGUGGAGGGCUUCCAGUCCUGGAUGUGGAGAGGGCUCACGUUCCUGCUUCCCUUCCUCUUCUUUGGGCAGUUCUGGCAGCUCUACAAUGCUAUCACCCUGUUCCGCAUGAUCCAGCACCCCGAGUGCAAGGAGUGGCAGGUCGUCAUGUGCGGCAUCCCCUUCUUCAUCCUCUUCCUGGGCAACUUCUUCACCACCCUCCGUGUCGUCCACCAGAAGAUUCAGAACAAGAACCAGGACACGAAGGAGAAUUGAAGUGGGGCGUUGUGGGGGACUGGACUGUUUCUCCCCACUGGCUCCAUCCCCUAUUCCCACCUCCUCAAUUCCGUCCGGACUCUGGUGUCUCACCCCAUUCCUUGGAGGUCCGGGUGUGGGACAGAGCUUAGGGCC